UGAGCUGCAGGCGGUAUCUUUUUGUCGCGGCCCGUUUGCUGCCCGGACGGAUGAGUGUGUGGGGCCGGGCCCCCAGCCAAUGGGAGGAGGAAGGCGUGGUCCUGAGGCCCGGUGAAGAUGGCGCUGGUGGUGAGGCAUUGCCGCUUUGCUCUGCUCGGCCUGUCCUGGCCUCACAGGCAGCCCGUCCCCGGCUUUCGACCCGUCCCUCGGUGCCUGGCUCCUCCCCGGCCGGUUCUCUGGGCGCGGCGCUACGGCACUGAGCCGGGACCAGGGCGCCAGGCACGGCCCAGGAAGGUGGUGGUGGUCGGGAUCCCCAACCCGUUCAUCUGGGCCCGCACCAAGAUGUACUUCUUCCUGAUCAGAGCUUAUUUCGAUCAGGACUUCACGUUCGAGGAGUUUUCCGCCGGUGCUAGGCAGGCCUUUUCACAAGUGUCAAAGAUGCUUUCAGAGUGCAAUUUUGAUGCCUUGAAGAAUCUUGUAUCAAAAGAGGCUUUGGAGGAAGUGGAAGAAAAAUGUUUAACAAUGCCAGUUAACCGCAGGGAAGCCUUAGCCGCUGAACUGGAUGAAAUUAUGUAUAGCACUCCAGGCGAUGUUGGAAUUUAUUAUGAUAACCAAG